AUGAUCAUGGCCACUACAAACAACCCUCUCGGUCUUGACCUUGAUACCAUGUACGAGCCAACGGACAUUGAAGAGAAGGUUUUUGAUCUCCUGACAGCCUACCUCCCUCCAGACUCGACAAUCACCCCUCAACAAGCAGCCGAUAAAGUCAACUCUUUCUUCCCACAUAGCUGUCUAGGAGAAAAUGACAAUUACUAUCCUUGCCAAUUUCUGGGUGAAUUCUGGGAGGUGAUGUUCCGUAUUGCCCCGCAGUUAGACUACCAGGGGCAACCCAUGCAACGCUACAUCGCCCUCCACAAGGCUCUGCGAGAAUUGCCUGAUAUUUUCAUGGGUGAUUAUCGGGUAUGGCAGGAUAGACCUCUGUUUAGCAUGGAGUUGCAUGAAAGAUGGAGUCGCAUGUCCGGUGGCUACGAAGUAAAUGGCAUAGCACACCAGGCGUGGAGAAACAUAAACGGGCUAUUGAUACACUUCACCAAUGAAGGUAUCUACGACGGCAAAUACCAUGCCCUGAACUGCAUCAGGAAAUAUUUUGAGAAUGAUGACCGAAACAGGCGAAACAGAUUCAUUAAUGUGUAUGCUCCAGUUGCUGCCUUAUGGUUCAUUCACUGCAGUCCCAAGAUUUACGAGGCCUGCCAAAAUCAGGAGUACCUUGACAGGAUACCGGGAGGGAAGCUUUGGAAGGGACCACCUGGAUAUAAUAUCCCACGGUGGGAAUUCUGGAGGAGUCGGUUUGAGGUGCUGAGUACGCAUCCACUUGCAAUAGAGGAGACAAGGCAAGCAUGUAAGGCUGCAGUGGAUGGAAUGGACGCUGUCACCAAGGCCAGUUGA